AUGAGCAGCAGCCCUGCGGCUGCCGCUGCAGCUGCAGCUGCCUCGGUCAGGGGGAUGCCCGCCGGCCUUUCUGAACAAGGUGCCGGUGCCGCCGCCGUCGCUACCGCUUCCUCUCCGACGGGUCUCAGCGUCCCCGGGACGGUGACCAUGGCCCCAGCUCUUUUGACCAAUGGGAGUGUCCAAAGCCAUCUCCCUCCGGCCGCCGGCAGCGCGCUCCCGUCAUCGCUGAGGAGCACCCCGGUGCCCCUGAACACCAAGGCCCCCAUAAAUCUCAACCUGGUGACCGCAGCAUCCCAACCGCUGGUAAAGACGGCCCCUUUGGGGGCCCUAGUGACCAAACUGGCCACUGUCAAUACUGUUCCCAAAGCCAACAGUGGUCCCAGGCUGCCCGCUCCCCAAAUUGUGACCGCGAAAGCCCCCAACACAACUACGAUCCAAUUGCCUGCCAAUUUCCAGCUCUCACCUGGAACUGUUUUAAUAAGAAGUAACAGUGGUCAGCUGAUGUUGGUGUCUCAACAAGCUUUAGCUCAAGCUGAAACGCCAAGCCCUAUGAAUGUAAGAACAGCAGUACCAUCAAGUACUCAUGCAGUCAAAAUUUGCACUGUGCCGAAUUCUGGUACACAGUUAAUUAAGAAAGUAGCAGUGGCUCCAGUCAAAACAGUGACUCCAGUCAGGGCAGUGACCUCUGUCAAAGCAGUGGCUCCAGUAAAGGCAGUGACACCCGUUAAAGCAGUUGCUGCCCCUGUGAAAACUGUGGCACAGUUAGGAAGUACUGUGGUAACUUCCCUCCCAAAACCUUCCAUAGUACAGACUGUGACUACACCAGCCAGUGUUGUCACAGUUACCCCAGUAAAACCAUUGAAUACUGUAACUCCCCUGAAGCCUUCAGUCAUCGCAACACCAGCAACCCCCUCACAAGAGAGCACCCAGAAAGUUGAGACUCCAUCAGCUGUACAAACUAGUAUCUCUGUGGAAAUGCUAGAGAAUGUGACAAAAUGCAAAAACUUUCUUGCAAUGUUGAUAAAACUAGCAUGUGGUGGGUCUCAGUCCCCAGAAAUGGGACAGAAUGUGAAGAAGCUUGUGGAAAAUCUCUUGGAUGCAAAAAUUGAACCAGAGGAAUUUACCAAAAAGUUGUACAUUGAACUCAAGUCCUCACCUCAACCGCAUCUUGUCCCUUUUCUAAAGAAAAGUGUGACUGCCUUACGACAGCUAAUGCCCAGCUCCCAGAGCUUCAUUGAGCAGUGUGUCCAGCAAACUCCUUCACAGGUCGUCAUUCCUACAUGUGCUACAGUCACUCAUCCUCCUCCUGUAGUGACGACAGCUGUUUCUUCCGUCCACACGGAAAAGCCCGCCCAUGUUUCCACAGCACCAACAGUGGGCACUGUCUCCAUUCAGACUUCGAGUCCUGUGGCUGGUACUGGAGGCAUUGGAGUUGUCGCUCUUCGCUCUGGAAGUCCUGUUAUUGGAGCUGGAGGACCCACAGUCGGAGCUGUUGCUGUCCACCCCAUAAAUCCAGCUUCUGUCCCAGGAGGUGUGACUAGCAAGGCUGUCACGCUCCAUUCUGUAAGUUCAACCACCAGUCCAGCAGGAGUAACAGCUGGAACUGUCUUCCUUCAACAUGCAAAGCCUCUUGUGACCUGUGGUGCUACUACAGUAGCAACUGUUUCACUGCAGCCUGAAAAACCCCUCAUCCCUGGGGCAGCAGUAACGCUGUCACUUCCACCAACAAAACCCACUGUGACUUCUGGAGAAGUUGUGGGGCCAUCCAUUUCUCUUCCACCUUCAAAGUCAGUUGUGAAUUCUGGAAUAGCCACAUCUGCCUCUGUAAAGCCUGUCAUUGGGCCUCCUAUUCAUAUCAAACUUACACAACCUGGCUCCUUCCUUUCACAACCAGCCAGUGCUCCACAAACUCUGAAAGUCAAACAGUUAGUAGUACAGCAGCCUUCUGGAGGCAUUGUCAAACAAGUGACUGCCCUACCACAUUCUUCCGCCCUGACUACUCAGAAAUCUGGACAAAAGAGGAUGCCCUUGAAUACACUAAUACAAACAAAUCAGUUUCCUACAGCUUCCAUACUAAAGCAAAUUACCCUGCCAGGAAAUAAAAUUGUGUCGCUUCAAGCACCUGCUGUUCAAAAAAACAAAAUAAAAGAGAAUGGAACAACAUCCUUCAGAGAUGAAGAUGACAUCAAUGACGUCACUUCCAUGGCAGGAGUCAACCUCAGUGAAGAAAACGCCUGCAUCUUAGCAGCAAAUUCUGAAUUGGUCGGCACACUGACCCGUUCUCAUAAAGAAGAACCAUUCCUUUUUACGGGAGCUCUCCAAAAGAGAAUUUUAGACAUUGGUAAAAGGCAUGACAUUAUGGAACUUAACUCUGAUGUUGUGAACUUGAUCUCCCAUGCUACACAGGAGCGAUUACGAGGCCUUAUAGAAAAACUGACUAUAAUUGCUCAACAUCGAAUGACAACCUGCAAGGAAAGUGAAAAUUAUGUCAUGUCUAGUGAUACCAGAUCACAGCUUAGAUUUCUUGAGAAGCUGGAUCACAUUGAAAAGCAACGAAAGGAUGAAGAAGAACGAGAGAUGUUGCUCAGAGCAGCUAAGAGUCGUUCUAAUAAAGAAGAUCCAGAGCAGCUGCGAUUAAAGCAGAAAGCCAAAGAGAUGCAGCAGUUAGAAUUGGCACAGAUGCAGCAAAGAGAUGCCAAUAUCACAGCCCUUGCAGCCAUUGGACCAAGGAAGAAGAGACCACUGGACUCUGUUGGAUCUGGAGUUGAGGGUAUAAAUGGCAAUACCUUUGCCCCAGGGUCAUCCAGCCUGACUGUCACCAGGCAAUUAUUUCGCCCAAGAAUAACUCGAGUUUGCCUCAGGGAUUUGAUAUUCUACAUGGAACAAGAAAAAGGGAUGAAAUACUCUCGAGCCCUCUACCAUGCUCUUUUGAAGUGACCGCUACUCCUUUCAUCCAGACCCUUGCUACGUACUGCCAAAGAAGAUGCCAAAAGCAUUGUGUCCCUGUCGAUGCCAUGAAUGGUCAUUUCCAGAAGACAACCACAAUUGAGGAUAAUCUUUGUUUACUUUUGUGCUUUUAUUGAAUACUUAUCUAAGCACCUGUAGAGUUUUUAAUAAAUACAGUUCAGCUUUGUCUUCUGUUCCAUUGGUGAGUUGUAGGUGUGCAUUGAAAUAGGUACCCACCUACCUAUUUGUUUAACUCUUACCUGCAAGCCAAGAAUCUGUCUGCUGCUACUUGCUUCCUUAGCAAAAACCAAGUUUGUUCUAUGUGUAGUGCCUUUCCCUAAUCCACAUUUAAUUUGGAGAUGGUGGGAAAGAAAGGAAAAGGAACAUCUUGUGGUGAUGCUAUGCAUAAAAAAAUUUACUUAAUCCUGAGCAGUAUUGAAUCGCUAUGUUAAUAUGUAUAUGUAACAUACCUGGCUCAGGUGAAGUUCAGAGUUCCUUGAGUUGCCCUUAGUAGUGCUAAGCUAAAAUCAGAAGCCAUGUCAUACAGCUUAAAGGUGGCAGUAAGCAAACCACGAAUGACUUGGGUUUGUGGUCUCCCAGAGAUGUCAAAACAGAGACAAAUGGGGAUUGUUUAUGCCUGAGGUCACUGUUCUCCAGCUCACACCAUCACUGCUGUGUUUUCGAGGUAAGGGGACAUCCUUGUCAAGAAAACCUUGAAAUCAAAGCUGCUAAAAUACCUCAUUGGGAAAGAAAAAACGCAGGGGGUAUUGUAAGUAAUGGCAGAGGCACUGAAUUCAAACAGAAAGAAGGGAAAUGAAAAUGGGAUAAUAAAACAAAACAUACUAUACGAGCCCAAAGGGAAAAACUGAGUCUCCAAAGUAACUUGCAUGUGUUCUUCUGGAGGAAAAGGAAAAAAAAAAAACAAAAAAAAAACACAUGUAACCUACAUACAAAAGAAAAUAUAACCAGCAUUUCCACAGUAUACUCUGUCCAGAAGAAGGUUGGUUGGUUUGUUUUACCUUAAGAGAGAAUGGUUCUUGUAAGUCAUUCUCUCUCCACUGUCGUCUUCAUCUUCCUGAAUUUAAAGCCUCUUAAUACAUCAGAAGUCAUCUUUGGUGAUGAGUGAGAAGAAGAAACCAAUGAAUAGAGGACCCAAUUUUGACAUCUGUAUACUUGAAAGAUUGAUUCCAGUAAUUCAACAGCAUGGCCACAUUUCAGAAGGAUCUUUGCUUAGCAAUUGACAUGUAUUUAAAUAGCCAUGGGACUUGUUCCUUCUUUGCAAAGUAAAACUCUGCUUUUUUUGUCUUGGAAUUUCAUCUUCCCAGUUCACCACAACUGAAUGUGACUGGCACGCACUCGUAGGAAAGUAACACUUCUGACUGAUUAGAGUCACAUGAGAAAGAGAAUGGGCUCCCUUGGAAUGUUUAAAAUGUGAAGUGCCAGGGACUCCUAGAAAAAUGAUUCCAGAAAUAAAGCUCAAAGCUGUGUUACUUUUUAAUUCCAUCUCUCCCAAUUGGGAUUGUUGCAGCCGUGUACUGCAUUGUAGUGAGUUUCAAAUUGGUCACAUUUUUUGUUUCAGCAAGUUAGUAAAGAAAUGCUGUAAAUUAUGUAAAGAAACAUGUAAAAAAGGCAAUUCUUUGAGGUAAAAAACAAACAAACCUAUAUUUGCAAGAUACUGACUGACCACAUCUGAAGUUGUUUUGUAUAAUUAAAUGCUUGGCUUUACUUUUUUUGUAAAGUGUAGCAUUUUCCCA